CGCUGCAGUCGUCAGAGUUGUUCUGCCCGGCAGCUUCUGAGCCUUUCACAUCACCCAAGUCGGUUCGACGAUUCGAAACGCACAGCAAUGGCCGUGUCAAAGUCCUUUUUGGCCACCCUGGCUCUCGCCGGCUGGGCCUCCUCGAUCAAUGCCCAGCAGUUCGUGAUGGGCAAGCAGUCCUACGAUUCCAUGGGGCUUAGCGCCCAAUGUACCAAAGUCCUAAACACGGAGCUCGCGCAUUGCAGCUCCGAGCUCUUUUGGCGGACGGAUCGCACGAUCGAUAACGUGGUUGAGGUCCUUGGGCGCUCCCAGCUCGACGACAUCUGCGUGCCGCAGUGUCGCGAGGAGCUGUCGGCCUUGCGGGAAAAGAUCCUGCAGACCUGCACUGCUCCCGAGGAUGUGAUGCGAGACUCGGGCCUCGAGUUUCCUCCGAUCUACUUUGCCGACAAGUUCGCGUAUACCUUUGACGUCAACUGCUACAAGCACAAGACCACCGGUCGGUUUUGCGACGAGGUGUACGCCGAGUGGAGAGAGGACAAGAGCAAGUUCGAUCAGUGCGACGACUGUUACCUUGGACCGAUGGCCAUACAGCUUGCGUCCCCGAUCGGGGUUUCUGCCCACCGCGCCGCCGCCUUCAACAGCACUACCGAGGCCUGCAAGGACACCAGCUAUCAGUUCACCACGGCUAUGCCCUAUGCCAGGCCAGCUUCCACCACAACAGUCUCGUCGCAGGAAACCUCGCCCCGGCCCUGUGAACGGUCAUACGUGGUGAAGAAGGGAGACACGUGCAACAGCAUCGCCCUGUCGCAAAACACGUCCACCUUCGGCUUCAUCCAGGCCAACAGUAUCGGCAUCGACUGCGCUGGGAUGCCAAAGGAGGGCACCAAGCUGUGUCUUGACACACCUUGCGAUACCUACAUAAUCCAAGCCGGAGACCAGUGCCACGCCAUCGCCGACAAGUUCGGAAUCAAAUCGGCGCAGUUCAAAGCCAUGAACCCCAUGCUAGACUCAACCUGCUCCAACAUCAAGCGCUGGGAGGGAUACGUUGCCUGCGUCGGCCCCGCCAGUCUCGUCCCCCGGCAGGCGCCGGCAGAGCCGAUGCCCACUACUCCGCUAAAGCCUCUCGCGCCCGGUUCCAGCUCCAAGUGCACCAUGUUCGUCAACGGGCGAGCAGCCACGGAUCCGGACCUCAUCGCCAUCGCAGACGGCUUCAUGCCGCAAUGGUUGGAGCCUGCGCACAUUCGGUUCCUGAACAAGUGCAAUGCCAUAGCCGAGUACAAUGGGGUCUACACGGGCGACUUCCUGGAGAUGAACCCCAGUCUUUUGGAGAGCCGGGCGAAGGGCAGAAAGUGCGUCCUGGAGGAGGCGUACAGCUACUGCCUCGCCGAGGAGGGUGGGCCGGUGCCGAAGCUUCCGGAGGGGUGGAACAAAGCUUGGGGACUGCGCUGGGGCUGAUUGAUGCCAUAUUUCUUUGUGUGUGCUGAGACAUUCAGUUUUCGUUGGACUACGUGACUGUCAUGACGGUGGGCAAGCAGGUAGGUAGGUAAUCAGUAGCCUACCUCGUAGUGGAAGUCAGCUCGAACGCCAAAAUUUAGUCGGCACAUACAUACAGACUUCACUCACAUGCGCACACGGAGACCAAAUUUUCUCUCAAGCUGUCCCAUAAUCCCCCAAAUCCUUUGCAAAAUCUUUCACCUGCCA